AUGGAGAAAGUGUCAGCGGUCUGGAGAGAAGAUCAAACCGGCCACAACAUUCCCGUAAGCCACGACCUCAUGCAGGGCAAGGGCCCCAAAGUUCUUCAGUUCUGUGCAGGGUGUGAAUUUCUAUGGCUCCUCAAGAUUUCGGCGUUUCUCUUAGGCCUUGGCACUAUUGGGUUUCUGUGCGUAAGCGUGGGGCUAAGUAGGCUCCCGCCAGAGCUCCCUCCUUCUGCUGUGGCUGACCAGCCGCCGAAGCUUCUACCUGAGGAACGUUUCCAGAACCUCUUUACCUACGAUGGAAUCUGGCUGUUCCCGAGAAACCAGUGCAAAUGUGAAGCCCCCAAAGGGCAGGGAGGCUAUAACUUCCAGGAUGCCUAUGGCCAGAGUGAACUCCCUGCGGUGAAAGCGAGGAGGCGGGCUGAAUUCGAACACUUCCAGAGGAGAGAAGGGUUGCCCCGUUCACCGCCGCUGCUGGCUCAGCCCAACCUCCCUUUUGGGUACCCGGUCCAUGGGGUAGAGGUGAUGCCCCUGCACACGGUUCCCCUCCCAGGCCUUCAGUUUGAAGGACAAGACGCCCCCUUCUUUAAGGUCACGCUGACAGCGUCUCUGGGGAUCCUGAACACCCUUGCUGACGUCCCGGACAGUGUGGUGCAGGGCAGAGGCCAGAAGCAGCUGACCGUUUCGACCAGUAACCGGCAGCUUUUGAAUUUCGUCCUCCAGCACCUGACAUACACCAGCACAGUGUAUCAGCACCCCAGGGUGGAUGUGGUGAGUCUGGAGUCCAAGUCCUCAGUCGCCAGAUUUCCAGUGACCAUCCGCCAUCCUGUCAUGCCCAGGUUGUAUGACCCUGGACCAGAGAGGAAGCUCAGAGACCUGGUGACCAUCGCCACCAAAACUUUCCUCCGUCCCCACAAGCUCAUGACCAUGCUCCGGAGCGUUCGGGAGUUCUACCCAGACUUGACCGUGAUCGUGGCCGAUGACAGCAAGGAGCCCCUGAAGAUUAACGACGACCAUGUGGAGUAUUACACCAUGCCCUUUGGGAAGGGCUGGUUCGCCGGUAGGAACCUGGCCAUCUCUCAGGUCACCACCAAAUACGUUCUCUGGGUGGAUGAUGAUUUUCUCUUCAACGACAAGACCAAGAUUGAGGUGCUGGUGGAUGUCCUAGAGAAAACGGAACUGGACGUGGUAGGUGGCAGUGUGCUCGGGAACGUGUUCCAGUUUAAGCUGUUGCUGGAGCGGAGUCAGAAUGGGGACUGUCUUCACCGGAGGCCAGGCUCUUUCGGACCCCUGGAUGGCUUCCCCCGCUGUGUGGUGACCAGCGGCGUGGUCAACUUCUUCCUGGCCCACACAGAGCGACUCCAGAGAGUUGGCUUCGACCCCCGCCUGCGGCGAGUGGCUCACUCAGAGUUCUUUAUUGAUGGGCUCGGGAGCUUGCUUGUGGGGUCGUGCCCAGAAGUGAUCAUAGGUCACCAGGCCCGUUCUCCAGUGGCGGACCUGGAGAAGAUGUACAGCACGUUCCGGACCAACACCCGCGACCAGAUCCAGUUCAAGCUGGCUCUCCAUUACUUCAAGAACCAUCUCCAGUGCUCCACAUAA